AUGAACUCACAAGGUGAGGUCGAAUCGCCAUUACAAAUGGACCAGCAACCUCCCAAGAACCAUCCAUUCUCGUCUAUUGGCAGACAAUCCUCUAUUUACUCCCUCACUCUAGACGAGUUCCAGCACUCUCUUUGUGAGAAUGGCAAGAACUUCGGUUCAAUGAACAUGGACGAGUUUCUUACCAGUAUCUGGACUGCCGAAGAAAAUCAAGCCACGGCCACUGCUGCCAACGCAAGCGGUAACAAUCAAAUCAUCAUCAACAACAAUGGAAGCCAGGUUUUAAAUGAUCCGUAUGGUCAUAGAGGCAUAUCUAAGCAGCCCAGUUUGCCUAGACUAGGAUCACUCACUUUGCCAGCACCACUGUAUAGGAAAACAGUGGAUGAAGUUUGGUCUGAGAUUCAUAACGAGCAGAGCAGUGGUAGUGAAAAUGGUGGCGGUAAUGUGCACAACUCCAAGACUGCCCCUCGUCAACCGACUUUUGGAGAGAUGACGCUUGAGGAUUUUCUGGUCAAGGCAGGGGUAGUGAGGGAACAAUGUACUGCGCCAUUUCAUCAACAACAUCAUGGGUUGUACAAGACUAACAACAAUAACCCGGGUGCAGCAACAGGUUUCGGGGAUAGACCUAUUCUGGGCUUGGCUGCGGGUGGCGGAGCAGCUGGUGGUGGUGUUAUACAUCAAGGUGUUGCACCCAUAGGAGGGUCAUCUGGCAAGAAUGGUGGUUAUGAGCUGCCAGUGGCAUCGACAGCAGCUGUUUAUGCUGGGAAAGCAGGGAAUGGUGGUGUAUAUGGACAUGGUCAUGGAGUGGGAAUGGUUGCACCAGUGAGUCCAUUGUCAUCAGAUGGAAUGGUUACUAAUUUUGAUAAUUCACGAAAUCAGUUCGGGAUGGAUAUAGGGGGGUUAAGGGGACGGAAGAGGAUUAUUGAUGGGCCGGUGGAGAAGGUGGUGGAGAGGAGGCAACGGAGGAUGAUCAAGAAUAGAGAGUCUGCUGCGAGGUCUAGAGCUAGAAAACAGGCGUAUACAGUUGAACUAGAAGCUGAAUUGAAUCAAUUAAAAGAAGAGAAUAAGCAGCUUAAGCAUGCUAUGGCUGAGCAUGAAAGGAAAAGAAAGCAAAAGUAUUUUGAGGAAUUGAGAAUGAAAGCUCGCAUGAAGGCCCAUAAGCCUAUAGAGAAAAUGAAGUUGAUGAGAAGGAAUUUGAGUUGUCCGUUGUAA